AUGAGUGAUAAUGAGAUAAGUGAUUUAUUAGAAGAUUUAGGUAGUGAAGACUUAGAAGAAAUAGAAGAAGAAGAAAAGAAGAUGGAAGAGGAAAAUCAAAAUGAAACGAAUAGUGAAAGUGAUAAAGAAGAAAAAAAUGAUAAUUUACAAACAAAUACAAAACCAAUAAAUGAAGAGAAUGAAGAGCCACAUGGAAUUAUUUAUCUUAGUGUUAUUCACAAAGGAUUAAACCCAGGGAUUAUCAAAGGAAUUUUUAGUAAUUAUGGUAAAGUAAGUCGUAUGCAUUUUGUUGAAGAUAAAAAAAAAAAAGGAACAUUUAAAGAGGCAUGGAUUGAAUUUGAAACAGAGAAACAAGCUAAACUUGUUGCAUUAAUGCUUAAUGGAAAAGUUAUCGGUGGUAAAAAUCGACAUUCUCCAUUUGCAGAUAAAAUUUGGAAUAUUAGAUUUAUUAAAGGAUUAACUUGGGGAAGAAUUUUUGAAGAUAAAGAAAGUAAACAAAUUUCUCAAGAACAACAAAUAGAAUUUGCAAUGAGAAAAGUAAAGAAAGAAACUGAAAGUUAUUUAGCCAAUUCAAAGAAAGUAAGAAAUUCAAAAUUUGCAAUGAGACGUAAAGAAAGGAAAGCAAAGCAAUUAAAAGAAAAAGAAGAAACAGCACCAAAAAAGAAUGAAGAAUGA